AUUUUAGUAAUGUUGUGAAACUAAUGUUCGCAUUCAGUCAGUGUAUUCUAUUAGUUAAAUAGUUUGCCAUAUCGCUUAUCAAUGCAUGCUCAGCUGCUUAAGUAAUUUGAAAUUUACGUUCAGUUAGAAUUGUGAUUUCAUUGAAUUCACAUUGAAUUCGCAAAAUAAACGGAAGCGUGUGUAAAUAAGAAUGACCGGAAACACCGACGAUUACAAUGCCGAUGAACUGGAGGCGCCCGAAUGGUUGGACAAUGAUUUCUUCUUGAAGGUGUUGAAGAACUGUGAGCAGAAAACAAGCAAAAUAGAAAUUGUGAAUGUGAACAUUUCACCAGCUUCCAUGAAGGGUGAUCACUAUGCAAGCGUAAUGUUUCGGGCGCAGUUGGAAUAUCGAGUGAAUGGUGUGCACAAAACUAAAUCUGUGAUCUUGAAAACUAUGCCAGAAAGCGAUGGACAUAAAAAAGAGAUGCUAGGCGAGAUGGAUAUUUUUGAAAAGGAAAUAAGCAUGUAUACUAAGAUUCUACCGCGCUUCGAAAAGAUCCUACGCGACAUUGGCGAUAAUACAGUGCUGAAAGUACAGUGUUUAUACAGCGCUUUAAGCCCUAAGCAAGUGAUUGUCUUUGAAGACCUGGUGGCCGCCGGUUAUGAGGUGGUGCGUGAUCGAGCUCUUACCGUGAACGAAGUGAAAGCGGCCUAUUCUACGUUAGCCAAGUGGCAUGCCAUCAGUUAUAAAAUCAAUCUAGAGGAACCGCAGUAUUUUGACGACUUUCAGAAGGGCUUUUUCAACAUGCCGAACAUAGAAAAGCAGUCAUUUAUGACAUCCGGCAUAGUCAAUUUCGUAGAUCUACUGAGAAAAACACCUUCUUUACAGGCUUAUUUGCCAUAUUUUGAGAAAUUGAAACCCAAACUGUUUGAAAGUUGUCGCCAAACUUAUGCCGAGUACCAUGAAGCGCCGAAAAAGGGCGCUUGUUAUGUUCUUUGUCAUGGAGAUUUUCAUACUAAAAAUAUGAUGUUUAAACAUCACAAGGAAAGUGAUGACAUGGUCAAUGUAAUGCUGUUAGACUUCCAAGUUUGUUAUGUGGGUCCGAGUGUGAAUGAUUUGAUAUAUUCCAUCUACUGUCUGCUGGAUGAGAAGUUACGUUUAGACUUUCCAGCACUGCUUUACUAUUACUACACCGUUUUCAAAGACACUUUAGUCAAUAUCGGUUUUAAGGGUACUUCACCGACACUUUUGCAGAUAAGACAAGAACAUAUGCGUCAUAAAAACUUGGAACUGUUUAUCUUGGUGACAUUUUUGCCCAUGUGGUACGCGCUCAAUGAAAAGGAGACUAAAGUGGAACUUAUCAUGACAUCCGACGAAUAUCGCCGCUCUUUCUACGAUUCGGUGGAAUAUAUCAAAUAUUUGGAGCACAUUUUACCUAAAUACUUGCAUCUAGGCUAUUUGGAGGAUUAAAUUGUAUAUUAACAAUAAAAAAAAAAUUUAUUUUUUAAAGUUGAAAUUAAUAA